AUGAGCGGUUUACCACAGACAUCGAGGAGGAGCUCGGAGGCGAGCGGGCUGAAGAGAAGGAGCUCAGCCGAAGAGCGCGAUGGUGGAAGCGCGCGGGAGACGAAGCGCAAGAAUGUGAAGAGCGAGGAGCUGCGGCUGCCGAAUCUGACCGCGACAGGGGCCGGGCCACAGGCGGGCGAUAGCGGUUCCAAGAGCGGCGGCGGCAACGGCGGUGGGAGUGGCGGGAGCGAGGACAAGGGCUGCAGCAGCGACAGCAAGGCGGCGGCAGGGUCCACGGGCCAUCGGCCCGUGACGUCGUGCACGCACUGCCGGCAGCACAAGAUCAAGUGCAAUGCCAGCGACAACUUCCCCGCGCCCUGCUCGCGGUGCGAGCGGAUGGGCCUGCGCUGCGAGAUCGACCCGCGGUUCCGGCCCAAGAAGGGCUCCCAGCUGCAGAGCCUGCGGAACGACGUUGACGAGCUCAAGCUGAAGAUCGAGUACCUGACGCACAACGAAAGCCUGAUCGCGCAGGCGCUCCAGCGCACCGCGCUUAGCGGCGCUGGGCAGCACACGCACGCGGGCGGCGAAAACGGCGCGGUGAGUGGCGCGGCGGCCGAAAAGACCGCUGAGAAAGCCGCGGAGACCUCCCAGUCGCCGCAUAGCAAGGUUUCUGUCCAGACAUACCUGGCAAGCGAGCCGCGGCUCCUGAGCAACUCGGUGCACGCUUCCGGGGACUCACCGUCUCCACCGGCGCUGAGGAUCAAGGACUUCCCUAGCGCUCGAGUGUCGCUGGCUACCAAGACUAUCCAGCUCACGGGCGCGAUGCCCACGAGCGCCGCCAACGGCGACGCGCUGCCACCGGUGCUUCAGAUCGCUCUGAAGCGGCAUUCGGCGUCCUACGCUUCCCCGCCCAACGCGCCGUCGUCCCAGGGCAGCCCCUGCCUGACACCGGACAACACGGGCAGCAAGGAAAACUCGUCGAGCAAAACGCCCAUAGUGGCCACCACGAACACAAUCGCGCCCCUUCCCUCGCCACAGGCUAACAUAGACGAGUUUGUGCUCGGGGAAGUCACGAUCUCGAUAGCCAAAGCCAAUGAGCUGCACGCGGUGUUCGUUGACAAGUUCCUGCCGUACUUCCCGAUCAUGUACACGAACAGCGCGACAGAGCUCUACUCUCAGUCGCAGCUGCUUUUUUGGACUGUGAUGCUCACGGCUUGCCUUUCGGAACCGGAACCAACGCUCUACAUACAACUAGCCUCUCUGAUCAAGCAGCUGGCCAUCGAGACCUGCUGGAUACGAACCCCGAGGUCCACGCACAUUUCCCAGGCGUUGCUCAUACUGUGCAACUGGCCCUUGCCCAACCAGAAAGUGCUAGACGACUGUUCCUACAGGUUUGUCGGGCUCGCAAAGUCGCUUUCGUACCAGCUCGGCCUUCACCGGGGCCGCUUCAUGUCCGAAUUCACUAGAACGCAGACGUCAAUGCCGGACGCUGAGAAAUGGAGAACCAGAACGUGGCUCGGAAUCUUUUUCACCGAGCAAUGCUGGGCAAGCAUACUCGGCUUGCCACCCACCUCCCAGAAUGACUACCUAGUUGAAAGGGCGCGGCUUGAAGAAGACGAGGAUGCCGUGCCUCGACGGUUCCGGCAGCUCAUCAUCCUUGCGAACUUCCAAGCGAAGCUUUGCAACAUGAUGGGCUCGAGCGUGAUGUCCCCCGAUGGGCUCACGGAUGCAAGAGAAAGAGCCGGCUGCCUGGCUAUACUGGAAAGAGAGCUCAAGAGGCUCAACACCAAAUUCAGCUUCGAGGAGGACACCGUGGUGGAAAUGUACUACUUGUACGUGAAGCUAAUGAUCUGCUGCUUUGCAUUUCUCCCAGGCACUCCGACCGAGGACCAAAGCAAGUACGUUACGGAAGCCUACUUGUGCGCGACCAAGGUGGUCACACUAUUGACAAAGCUUUUGGAAAGUGCAAACCUAAUCCAAUUACCUAUUUAUGUGAGACAGAGCGUGACAUAUUCCGCGCUCAUACUAUUCAAGCUUCAACUGACACCGCUACUGCUGGACAAGUAUGUUGACUCUGCGAGACAGUCCAUCGUUACUGUGCACAGGCUGUACAGAAACCAACUGACGGCAUGGACCGCGAGUGUGGAGAACGAUAUUUCAAGGACUGCUAGCGUCCUAGAGAAGCUGAACUUCGUGCUGAUAUCGCAGCCGGAGAUAUUUAUUGAAGAAGAAGGGAUCAUAACGCGGAUGCGAUCCCACCUGACAGGGACCCUGUUCUACGACCUAGUUUGGUGCAUUCACGAAGCCAGAAGAAGGCAAAAUGACCCCCACUACCGAGAGGAGCUAUCCAAGCGCUUGGAAAGAAUGGCAGACAGCAAGAACAACAACGACUCUUCAAGCAAGGAAAGAAAACUGUUCCCGUUGCCCUUCUACAAUCAAAUUUCGAAGGAGGAUUUCGAGACAAUCACGCAGACAACCCCUGGCGGUACGACAGUCACAACUUUGAUCCCUACCAAGAAUGCCAUCCAGCAGGCCAAACAGUUGGCAGAGAGACAAGGGGACCAGAUGGGCCCCAUCCGCUACAUUAACGGCAUUCCGAUCUCAGUGCUGGAGGAGACCGGGAGCGUGAAGCUCGACCCAUCGUUGACCGCUCAGGACCAGAAUGCGGUGUCUGCCGCGGACUCCAGAAACGCGACCGCCCCUCCUAAUUCGUUGAAGGCAAGCGUCACAACCGAAGACAUAAUGCCCAAGUCGCCGUUGCUUUUCGAGCAGCCUAUGCAGCGUUCUGCCAGCACUCCAUCAGCAGAGACACCUGGCACUGCUCGCCGCGCAGCCAACGUAUCCUCAUCGAUUGCUACCGGCAACACGGACUCGUUAUUUUCUAUGAACACCUCCGCCCCACUGGCCGCUUCCCUAGCCAAAGCGAUUCCCUUGGAAGCUGUCGCGGGAUCGCCACCGCUGCACACAAAUUCAUACUCAAGUCUGAACAUGUUCUUGGCGGGAGACGGUUCCGAAAAGAACGAGAGCGCAGCCGCAGCUCUCAUGCAGCCUCAGCAAUCCCAGAAUCAGCAAGCCUCCGAUCUGGACAAUUUUUUCCAGCAACAAAGUGCAGGAUGGAUCGAGGGAAAUUCGAGCAACGACGACUUUCUGGGUUGGUUCGAUAUCAACAUGGCGCCCGAAUUUUGA